AUGGUUGGCGUAACUAUUCGCGACCAUAGCAGUCAGAUUCUCCACCAGAUAGGCGAUAUGUUGAAUAUCGUUGUAGCCACGCAAGAAAGUAAAACGGAGUUAGCAGGACAUGUUAUUCGCCUUUACCGACAAGGGUACCGUCGAGUAAAAGAAAAACAACCGCUGGUUGAAACAAUGACUGUGCUGAUGCCAAUGCUGCUGGAGCGCCUCGUUACACUAAUGCCAGAUGCAUCUCAGGAAUCCUGUUUAUUGCAAAAACUUAUUUUAAAAAUAUUCUUCGGUCUUGUUCAGGUAGUUAUCUCUGCAUCAUUUUACUUUGUGAUACUUUGA